GGAUUCGACUCGGACUCGGAGCAAAUUAAAGCGUAAACGGCUAACCAGUCGCUACCCUGUAACGGAAGAUCAUGCUUCCAUCCGUCCCUCCUCAGACCCCCCAACCAUCACUUUUCCAGUCUCAGAAUGGUUCUUCCGAUCCUUCCAUGCCGUUCAGCUUGGACCCAUAUACGGCCAAGCAGAUGGCAGCUCUCCAAGCCACGAGUCUCGCGAAGGUGGGCAACCGCUCUGCGCCUGGCGGAACUUCGGCAGGUUAUUUCGGAGGAAUGUCGAUAAACAACCCAAAUCGCUCUGAUCCUGCCAUGGGUCAGGAGAUGAACGCUACCGCCUUCGCUACCAUGCCAAGCGUGUCAUUCCCGGCCCAGUCUCAGCCUCCAAAUCCCCAACCUCCUUCCAACCCUGCCGCCAUGCAGCAAAACCAACUACAGCGCAAGCGGCAAUUUCUCAGUGGGCUGGCUAGUAUCUUGAACCAACGUAACCCCCUUCCUCCUCAACUAACAGGCGUGCCCUAUCCGCCCGGCUAUGACCCUACCAACUCGCCGUGGAGGUCCGUGGAGGUGUCACCCACAGAGAUUGGAAACAUUCGCUUAGCAGGCAAAGAUGUAGACUUGUUUAAGCUCUGGGCUUUGGUCCUCAACGUUGGUGGCGGUCAAAAGGCGACGCGAGAUGGUUUAUGGCCACAGAUCGUUCGCCAUCUUGACCUGCCGGAACAAUUAAUGCAUCCAAGUGGUCACCAGCAAUCUAUCACACAAACGUUGCAGAAUGUAUAUAACAUGAUGAUUGGCCCCUUCGAAGAGGCCUACCGUAAGAACAUGGUCAGAGAACAGCAACAGCGUGCUGCCAUGAUGGCACGCGCGCAGUCGUCCGGUAUGCCUAUGCUUGGGCAAGGACGACCUGACGGCAUGCCCGCUUUCCCUCCACCAAUGAAUGCUCUACAGCGGACAGGUAGCAAUCCCAACCUGUCGUUAGGCGGCGUGGGUAUGCCAAUGGCAGGUCCUUCUUCCCAGCCGGAUACAUUGAACAACGUCGGUACUGGGCAGUUCCCUCCUCGGGCCGAUCCUAUGGCUUCUGCAGGACUUUCAGGGACCGCGGCUUUCCCUAACUUCCCAGGUUCAGUCUCAGCCACCGGCAGCGACUUUGAUUCUCAGGAUCCAGAUGGACGCAAAAGGAAAAUGAGAGAGUCCGAGGAAGCAGACAGCAAGCGGGCAAGACAAAAGACGAACGGUUCGGAUGGAGCGGACCUUCGCAGUUCUGUAGGCCCCAGUAGUGCUCCGGCCCAGACGACUGUAAAACAGCCUUCACGACGAAGGAUUGAAUAUGUCCCACUCAGACGCGAGCUUGAAACAUUCGGUGGUCGAGAUCUCAAGCUCAUCGAGCACGAAUUCAAUGUUGCUGCUCAGAGACCGCGAAAGCCCAAUGACGAAUGGGGGAGUAUCGACGUUGAGGCGUUAACAUUGUCUCUUCGUUCUCGAAUCUCAACGGAACUCUCAUACGGCCUUACGACUUUCUCCAUGCUUACCGUCUUCAGAGGAUCGCACAAUGGGUUUCCCAUUGCCCAAGCACCCGACCUACUAGAAGAGAUGCUGGAUCUGAUCGAAGACGUUGCGUUCAACGGAGAGGAGGACACGGAUGCAGAUUUCAGUGAAGAUUCACCGAUCAUUACCAACCUCCAACUCGUCACCUCACUCGUGGAUGAUGGCUCACAUCCGUUCGCUAACUUGAAAACUCGACAAGGUUGGAAGGACCGGAGUGUCGGUCCCGGACAUCGGCCGGGUGAUAUCAUCCUUGCAGCAAUGAACGUACUUCGCAACCUCUCAAUACCUGUCGAAAAUCACGAAUUCCUCGCGAAACACCCUAGAUUCCUCGGCGUCCUUCUUCGUUUGUGCGGUCUUAAGCCUUGGAGUCCGGGUGGAUUACCUGCAGCCGUAUGCUCGGUACUCUCCCUUCCUGACAUUAUCGCCGUACGGAAAGAUACCGUGUAUGUCAUGCUCAAUAUCUCCGCCGGUGUUCGUCUCAUGCAAUCGUCCGGCUCACCGUCAAUACAAUCGAAACGAAUAGCACGCCGUGCAUUCUCGUUAUUGGCUUCCUAUUUCGUCGAUGAAGAUGAGGCCGCAGGACCGUUCCAGUGUGUGUUGGCCGUUGGCCUUCCAUUAUUACCCAACGUACCUCCACCGCCGCCACCAGUCCUGAUGAGCACCGCUCUGGAAUGCUUCGCUCGUAUAUGCCAACCGGACGAUACCCGCAAACUCAUGUCUCAGGUCAUUCCACAAGGGUGGUUAUGGACGACAUUCGAAGCUCUCGUACAUCGCCUACCACUUUCCGACAAUGAUUACGCCGUGUUAAGACAUGAAUCAUGGUUGGCAUACAUGGAGCGACUCAUGCUCGCGAUGUAUUCGCUGUCAUUCCUCUCACCGCCGGAAACAAAGAAACGUAUAAAGACGGAUACCCGACUUCGUUUCCACAAAGUCAUCCUUCGGUUUAUUAGAAAGCUUCUCGUGGACCCUGCAUCUCGUCAAUGGUUCAUGAUCGUUGUCCGCCGAGCGAUAGAAACCACUAAGCUCAUCGACGAUUGUGAAGAUUCGUUUGACACGUCGCAUGCAUCCAUGCCUACGCUGGCCUUCGGCAUGGGCUGGGGUGAACAUGGAGAGACGAGAUUGGAGACUGGGGACGGUCUGUUCAGUGGAUACCAAGAAGACAUAACGUGGCAAAUUAUGACGUUAGGUGACCUCGACCCGUUGAUGUUUUCAGACUUGGCUAGUUUGGUUCGAGUUGGAUAGUUUUUGCAACUAAUCGUGGGACGCUUGUUUAUUGCUUUCGGAUAUAUCUAUUCGUGUUUGUUUUUGUAUUUCUCUGCUCUCUUGUAAUGCUAUAUCGUCUGUAUAUUAUCAUACACAACAUGCUAACUAGCAACUGAAGUUUGACGAUAUCCACUUGGUCCUGAU